AGACAUAACGGUUGCUCAAUAUAAUAAUAGAAAGUCAAACUCUACUACAAAUUAUGUUUUGUUACGAUCAAAACCAAGUUGUAGAUCAAUCCAAAGCAAAGGGACUACUUCUAUAAAACACAUUGAUAAUGGGACUAUAGGGACGUUCUACUGGGUCAAUAUAAACUGAACUGCUGAUAGGAUGUCAUGUCAAUGAGAGAGGGAGAAGGGAAGCUAUAUAUGGUAUUUAAACAUUGUGAAGGGAGGUUAUUGGCUAUUGCAGAGAAUAUCUAAAAGGAGGAAGCUAAAUGUGAAGACUAUUACUGUAGUCUUUCACAAUCAGCCAAUCAGCCCUCCCCCUGUCCAAGUGGCGUUAAUAACCAGACACAGAGAGGCAGCUACGGAGCAGAUGAAGAUGAAUCCAUGGACCCUCUCUGUGCUCCUGCUGCUAGCUGGGCCGCUGGGGGCGGACCCUGACUGGCACGUGGAGUACCCUGACUCCUUCUGCGUGGUGGAGGGCUCCACCGCCACCAUCCCCUGCAGCUUCACCCACCCCAAGGUGCACAAAGAGACCGGCGCGGUGGUGGACCGGGUGGAGCGGGUGGUCUGGUGCCCCAAGCACCAGAUCUGCCAAGGCCCCACGCCCAACGUGUACGACAGCAGCAACGUCCGGGCCGACAGCAGGUUCCUGUACCUGGGGGACCUCGUCAGGAACUGCACCUUAAAGAUCAUCAAGACGGUGAAACGGGACGCUGCAACGUACCGCUUCCGCUUCGAGACCAACGGCGGAGGGUACACCGGACAGAAAGGAGUCAGAGUCAACGUCACUGUUGUAAAGAACGUCCGUCUCACUGUGUCUUCAACAGAUGGAGAGGAUUUGAAGGUCAGAAGCUCCGUCACUGACCAUGUGCUGAAAGAGGGCGGUCAGGUCACACUCACCUGUACCUCAGCCUGCUCCUUCCACCAAUUGGACGUCCACUGGUACAGAAAUGGCCACACCCUAUCAGAGACAGGCCCCGCCCUCCACCUCAGCUGUCUGACCAAUGACGACGCAGGGAAUUACACCUGCUCUCUGGACUCCAGUGGGCAGAAGACCACCUCUGCGCCUUGGAGUCUGGUCGUGUUGGAAGAUGAAGGAAGGAACAAGUGUGGCAGUGACUGGCGCGUGACAGUGCCGGUGGUGUCGGUGCUGUUGGCUGUGUUCCUUUUCCUCCUGGCUGGGCUGGUCUUCGCUAAAAGGAGACGUGCACAAAAAAAGCCAUCAGAGGUGAUUCAAAAACAGGAGGUGGACUGUAAACAGGAAGCGGUGGGAGCUUCAGAGGAAGUCAGCUAUUCAACCAUCCACUUCAAACGCAAUUCCUCGAGGUCAGCCCCUGGACCGGAACAUGAGAUCGUCUACAGCGAGGUCGUUCGCUGAACCAAACUCAAGCAGCGACUCCUCUUCCUCCUCCAGUGAUGACGAGAUAAGGGAACACUAACGUCAUCAUGUCUGUUGUCUGUCACAGACUUAUUGGUUGAGUCUUGUUCUUUUCAGUUUCUAUUUCUGCUUGUAACAUUUCUGAUGAUUUCAGUGUUUUAUGCAUUUGAGUUUUCUUUCUUUAUCGUAUGUUGUUGUUUAUUCUGAAUAUACUCGAGGUUGUCUGAAUAACGGUGAGGUUUGUAAAGACUGGUUCUUCUCCAUUCUGCUCCUGAUGACUAGGCUACGUUUAAAAAAAAUACUUCUCAACUUAGUUUCUUGAUGGCAAGGCCGCUCAAUCUUUCAUGAGCCUUUUCUUCUGUUAGCUUACAGUAUUUAUGCAAUCAUAUCUUUACAGUCUUACUUAAUCCACGUAGGCUUACAAUAAGGUCUGUCAUGUUCUUAUCAUCGGUCGUUCCUGUGUUAAAGUGAAGCCAUUUUAAAUACUGAUAAAGUUAAUGGGGGUCAGAUAAUAAUAGGCGUACCAUUCAUCCCUGAGAUUCAUUCCAAACUGUAAGGCUCGGACUCACCACUGCCAGUUGUCCUCUCGGGUAGGAUGGCCUGCUUUGUCCACUCGUAGGCUCAGUCACGACUGCAUAUAUAUUUAUAAGGCAAAACUUGGUGUGCUACCUAGCUAUUUAUGCUCCCUUAUCAUGCGGAAAAGUGCUGGUCCACACUUUUUACGUUCAGAGGACUUGGUGUUGCUAUUUGUCCCCAAUAUGCGGACAGAACAGGGUAAAAAGGCUUUUGUAUACUCUGCCCUCACUGUGUGGAAUACGCUGCAGAAAGACCUAGGACUUGUUGAAUUCAUUUCGUUAAAUGCUUUUAAGAUGAAAAUAAAGGAAAUUGAGCUAGACUCUCUAAGAUAAGAUUUGAAUAGGUUUUUGUUUCCUGGUUGCAGAAAUGGAUCUUUUAAGAUUGAUGCAGUGUGAAUUGAUUUGCUUUAUUUUAGUGCGAUUGGAAUUUUUGUCCCUGUGUGUUUGUCUGAAACUGUUUGUCUGUAACUGUGGUUUAUUGUGCACAAUAAACCAGGUCAAACCAAUAGACCUGGUCUUAUAUUAGCUCUACAGUGGUGAGGGUGAUUAUUAUUUAAUUUUUUAACCUUUAUUUAACCAGGAGAAAACCCUUUUUCAAAGGUGACCUGGCCAAAGCAGGCAGCAUGCUCCUGCCUGCUUUGACGAGGUCACCUUUGAAAAAGAGAUUUUUAAUCUCAAUAGGUUUUUCUCCUGGUUAAAUAAAGGUUAAGAAAAAUAAUAAUAAUAAUUACCCUCACCACUGUGGAGCUUAUAUAAGAAAGGGGAAGUAGAAUUCACUGGAACUCAGCAGGAACUUUGUCUGCUGCCAUGUGUGUCAAAGUCCUCUCUUCCCCGAAUACUAUUAUUAAGAUAGCAGAAGUCAGAUAGAAUUGAACGAAAGUCUUUUUGUGAAGCGUCUGUAUAAAAAUACAGGUAUUAUAGGUAUGCAUAACCCAAUUUAGACAUAGAACAAGCUUUUUGGGAACUGUAUUAGACCUUUCAAGUAGGCUAUUAAACUAUAAAAGUUUAUUUAAUACCUUAUUUUGAGCAUGCAGUGUAUUUUCGAUGCGAUACAGCUGUGGAAAAUAUUCCUAUCUUAAUAAAUAAAUAAAAAAGCAUUUAUAUUUUAGAAUAUGUUGUCAAAAUAAUAUUCUUUAAAAAAACAUAGACGUAAAAUAAAUAAAAUGCCUCAACAAACUUUUCGUUGUCAUCUACAUUGGGCAGAUAGAAUCCAUUUCCUGUAGCCUUUCACAAUCGGCCAAUAAGCCCUCCCCCUGUCCUAGUGACGCUAACAACCACUGAGACACUCCAUUUGAGACACUUUGUUGCUCAAAUGUAAUAUUACUCUGCUCCUUGAGCCUCCCGACAUGUCUUGCGAUAUUGAUAUGGACACAAAAUGAAUUCCAAUGCCCAGCUGACAAAUCAUAUCGUGUGUCCCCCUUCCCCCCUGCUGACUGUUUGCUAUGUGUGACUGUAGGCUACUGUCUGCUGCCUGUCUUGGCCAGGACACUGGAAGAGACGUUUAAUCUCAAUGAUGAUUAUUAUUAUUUUCAACUAACCAGUAGUAGUUGCCUUGCAUUUUAAAAUGUCAAUGCACUUUUCAGCGCUGAAUAACAGUAAAAGCUUUUUAAUAAUUGAUUUGCAUGCAUAGUAUUCUCUACUUACAUUAAGUAGAAAUGUACCUUAUGUGAAUGAGGAGUAGAAAGUCAGUAUUUCUCACACCACUUCUGUGGGCGUGUUGAUGACGCUUCUGCAUGUCAUUGAGUGGCCCCCUAAAUGAUAAUCAGCCAGCUGCCUUCAUUUUGCUGAAUGGUUAAAAAAAAAAUUAAAUGUUGGCACUGCUUUUCAGAGUCAGGCCGAUUUAAGGCUGGUUUAUGCUCGGUUACGUAAGCGUAAGCGCAAGCGCAAGAGGCCCUUGCGCGCCCUUGCGCCCCCCUUGCGCGACUUCUCACGUCUUGCGUGCGUCGGGCGAUUUUUCUAGACUUGCGUCAUUUUUUACGUAAGCUUUUACGCGAGCCGCCCAGCCUGCAAGGCUGUGAUUGGUUUGCUGGUCUGGUUACU